GCAAUGAGCCAGUUUGCGGGAGGCGGCGGCCAACAACCAUCGCUGCGGGCUGGAGCUCGACUUCGCACCGCCGCUGCUGCUCCCACGACCCGCCAACCACCCGUGUUGCUACCACACGACCGAAGCCGUUCUCCGGGCAUGCACGGGAGCCGCCUUCGUCGCGAGAGUCUGCGGGCUGGGCACCACGAUUCAAGCGCAAACGACCACCAUGCGAGCCAUCACCGAAACGGCCGCGACGACGACGACGACGACGACGAGGACGAUGAUGAUGAUGAUGAUAGCAAUGAUAGUGAUGACGCUGAUGAUGAUGGCGACGACGACGAUGACAAUGAGAUGGGUCGCUUGCACCAAAGCCACUCCGCCAGCGACGACGACGACAACGACGAGCGCCAGCCCCAUCGCAGCGGACGCGCGCGGACCACGCCCAUGAGCACCGCAACGCCCUUGCUCGGCUCGUCGACCACACCCGCAACCGAGUCUGCUGCUGCUGCUGCCGCUACUGCUGGUGCUUCCAAUCAUCAUGGUGCUGCCGCGCUUUCUGGCGCUCGAAAUCCUCGAUGGACUGCGGACAUGAAUCUCAGACGCAACGUAGCGCGACAACAAGCUCGAGAGGUGCGCAACGACGGAUGCCAACAAUUGGCGUCCUUGUUCACAGCAAUCAAGGGCAGUUUGCCUCCAGGCGAGCCGGACGGCCCGGCGUUGCUCAAGUCCUUUCUCGCGCUGAUUCCUGAGGGAGGCAUGUACCUGGACGCCGUUCGGCAUCAAAAAAGCUAUCGCGGCGUUGUCGAGAGCAUCCGCCAAGCCCACAACGCGGCAAACAAGGCGGACAAGGCGUAUCGCGACUAUUGGCUCGCGUUCGUUGCCCCGCACUUUGGCCGCCGCGAGCUCAAGAGCCUUGGCUUCCACUUUGGCACAGACCAGCUCGUUCGCGCCCGAACACUCGCGAACGCGGGCAGCGCGCACCAGCCGACGCCAUCCACGCAAGUGCCACCACCACACACACACACGACAUCGUCGCAGGCAGCACCAAAUUCGAGCCUGUCCCUCCAUCCCGCGAAGGCAGUGGUUCCCAUCGCCUCGGUUGAAUCGCUCACCCAUAUGCAGCUGUGUCUCAGCACCUUUCUUAUGCAGCAUUCGUACGACCCGGAGGAAGAACAUCCGUGGCACGAAACUGAUGCUGGAGAGCCUGCCACAUCUCGUUCUCGCCAACCGGCGCAGACCGUCCGAGAGCCGUUGCCGUGGGAGUCCAACCCGCCAAGUCACUCUGCUGUUGAAAGCGCACGCGCACCGAACACGAGCGAGGACGCCGCUCGGGACCACAACGAGGACGAUGACGACGAUCUGCCAGCUGGCUCGGAGCAGCGGCGAUUGGCGACCUCUCGCUCCCGAGAAGGCGACGACGCUAGCGUCUUGGAGACACAAGAACAGCGCCGGCAAGCACAGCAGCGUCGACUGCAAGCACAACAUCGACGGCUUCCCUCCGUGUCGCUGGAGCAGUGGCGACCAGACGAGCUGAUGCAACAACAGCCGCAAGUAGUGUCGACGGUGGCCGAUCGCAAUGCAAUAACGUUGCCCUGGCAUCCAGACGCAUCGGCUUCUUCCUUUGCUGCCGGAGCUGCGUCGAGUGGCUUCCACCACCAUCAUCAGGCCGAUCGCAUCCGCAUCUUGAACGACUCAGUCACUGAGUUGUAUCGCCAAUUUUCUCUCAAACACCCAGAAAUCACGCUGUCCGCGGCGCAUUUUCGCUCGCGCAUACCUGACAACUUUCGUCAAAGCCGGCGAGCCAAGCUGUGCUUUCAUUGCCGUCGCCGACUCGUCCUCCUCGAGCGGCAACUCACCGAGUCCUGCCAAGCGAGCUGUCAAAAGCGAGCUCCCAAACCUUCGCGUCCACGCCCGGAGCGGACGCAGCAACAGAGGCGACCAUCUGCUUACGUGAAUGAUCACCAGCACAUGGCUACCCAGACCUCUGUGCCGGCAGCCGUUGCGCGCUUUACACCCACCGACGCCGCCCGAUUCAACUCGGCCAGUGUUGCUUCGGUUGGUGGAGGCGCUCCUGGGACCAUCGCGCCAUCCAUCUUUACGACUACGAGCGCCAUUUCCUCUGCAGGCAUGUCGACAAGGCCUGCUUCCCCGCAUACAUUGAUGCACGAUUUCUUGCCGUCGCAUCCGCAGCAUCAGCAGCUUCAUCAACAGCCGCAUCAGCAGCAUCAGCAGCUACACCACGUUCAGUUGCAGCAACACCAAACUCAGCUGCAGCAACAGUUGCAACCGCAGCACCUUCAACAAUCCCAGCGCACUCCCGAUCGAUCGACUGCUGCACCAGCAUCUGCGACUGGGCAGCCCACGCAGGGGCAUCUCACUCCCCAUCGAUCGCAACAAACACCUCAGCGGCCAGCCUACUCUCCUCUCCACCGAGCUCCGUCGCAGUCGCAACCGCAGCAGUCGGCUUUGGUUGCAAAUUUGGGGUUGCAAGCGUCGCCGCAUCGUGCACGACAACAGCCUGCAGCACCUUCUUCAGCUGGUUUCGUUACAACCAGUCGUCUAUUGGACAUGCCGGCUUUUCCGGAUGAAAUGCUGAUGACGCCAGCCGCACCUCGCCAACAACCAGGACGAGACAACGUGAAUGGUGGGCUGGCCUUGCCGACAAUGACACCUCGGUCCAAUACCUCGAGUCUCCUGUUUGGUGCUGCAUUCACGACACCGAACUCACAGCUGGACUCGCUUCUUGCCAACACCCCGUCGGCCUGGGGCUUGACUCCCAACACGGCAGCUGCCAUCCGGCAAACCCUGCCGUCCCCGCUCGUCUUCCCGCCCGCGUCGGCACCUCCCAAUCACGCUUCGACGGCAAGUCGGCAGUCAUCCAGCACCACCCUUGCUCGCAAGCGCGCCCGGCAAUCUCAAAAUGAGGAUGAUGAUGACGACGAGAACGCGUUUUAGGUGUGGCGGAUAUGUAUUUCUAUUGUAUUAUUGAAUUUUGAACAACUGCUCCGCUUUGGUCAGUGACACAUAGACGCUGAACGUUCGCUCACACAAACACACAAACUGUAACACAUAACGUACGUAACGAUGUAAGAAUGGAGCAGAAUGGCACUUUUUCACCCUACUGUCGAU